GCUAAUUCCUACUUCUACAAAAACCAUGAGUGCGUUGAAUUUGGAUCGUUUGGCGGGAUUUUACGAUAAAAAAGACUGGCAAAGCUGUAAGAAGGAGCUUAUCAAUUUGAAAUUGGAAUUAGCAAAAGAGAAUUUGUUUUUACCAACCAGCGAUAGAGAGAAGAGUAUCUUUGCGAGAAAUGUAUUUGAGUACGGUGUACUAGUAUCGAUUCAAACAUCAGAUAUUGAGGCGUUUGCACGUUACGCUAGUCAGGUCGUUCCCUUCUACCAUGAUCCGGCUCUUGCUCCUUCCCCAAGAAUGGGUAUUGUGACGGCGCUUAACCUUUUGUACUUACUUUCGGACAAUCGCAUUGCCGAAUUUCAUACUGCCCUUGAAUCUGUACCAGAGAAGUCAUUGUUUGAGAAGGAUGCACACGUUGUUUGGGUCAUGUCGUUGGAGCAAAAUGUAAUGGAAGGAGCUUUUGAUAAGGUAGCAUCGAUGAUCCGUUCUUGUGCAUUUCCUGAAUUCAGUUAUUUUAUGAAGAUCGUCAUAACUAUGGUCCGUAAUGAAAUUGCAUCCUGUGCUGAAAAAGUUUACACCACGAUACCUCUUUCGAAUGCGACAAGCUUGUUGUACCUUGAAAACACCAAAGAGACUGAAGCUCUAGCCGCAGAACGGGGAUGGAUUAUUAAAGAGGGCGUGCUUCAUUUCCCCAGCGAAAGCAACACUGUUGAUACUGAAGAUUCCAUGAUGUUGGAUGAAGAUCAACAAUUAGAACUUCCUCCUACAGCUGACAAACAUACUAUCCAGAGUAUUCGCCAGCUUUUGCAGUACGCUGCCGAGAUGGAACAAAUUGUUUAAUUAUGAUGAUGACUCGAUAUCUUUAGAAUUGGCAAGAAAAAUAUAUGUUUAAGGUAAUGAUUGUAGCUUCUACAUGUUAAGAAAGUGAACAAAAUGAAAACAAGAUAAUCAUUAUUGUAUUGUUGCAUGAGUAUCGUAACACGCCCAAAAGCACGCGACAUUUAC